GCCAACGAACGGAGCGACCAACAACGGCUGAUCAUCACCACCACCGAGCCACCGCAAGACGACACACCAUACCACCACCAAACAAGCGACGACGAGGAUGAAUACGAAGCCGCCAACCACCGCCGAACGCGAUCGAGUAGCCUUACUGGCGGCGCGGGCCUGCGCGGCGCCAUCAAGGACUAUGAAUCCUCGUCGCUGAUAGACCGCCCCGCCGCAUCAGCGAGGAGCCCGUCCACUCCUGGCUUUGGCCCGGGCAACCCCUUCGACGACCCGCUGGGAUAUUCCAGGAUACAUGAUGUAGACACGAGCUACGAGGGCGCAGGCGCGGCCAUGGCUGGCGACGAUGGUGCACUUGGCGGCGGCGGCGGCGGCAAGAAAGAACUCCGGGCCCUGCCUUCCUUGCCUCCCGUCAGCUUCGUGGACACCGGCCGCCCAAAGCCCUCGCCUGUCGAAUCUCGGGACGGCCUUAAUUCGGACCAGCCCAGGCCUGUCGCAGAGCAAUUCUACCAGCGUCGUAACAAGUGGCUAGCUUUGAGCGUCAUCCUGCUGACGGCCUACUCAACCGUCUUCUCUGGCAUAUUCCUAGGCAUUGCGCUUAGCCAACCACGCUGGCACUUCAUUUCCGAUACAGGCGCGCUAUCCCCCGCAAAUGCCUCCUUGUUGACGGCCAUCGUUGCCAAAUCCAUAGAAAUGUGCUUUGUCACGGCUUUUGUGGCUUUUUUGGGCCAAGUGCUGAGCAGGCGCAGUAUAGAGGCAAAGGAUGGGGGAACCGGUGUCACUCUUGCUGAUAUGAGCAUGCGCAACUGGAUCAUGCAACCCGGCUUAAUGGUCACCCAUUGGGAGACGGUAAAAUAUGCAGGAUUGAGUACCUUGGGCGUGUUGGCUUUCCUCGCUGCAAUUGGCGCAAUGCUAUAUACCACGGCAUCCGAUGCUCUCGUUCAACCGCAGCUCAAGUAUGGGGACGUCGAGCAACGGGUGAUGUCCGGAGAAGUUUGGACAUCAUUUGCGAAUGCAGCUUACAUCCAAGGUCAAUGCGAAACCCCCAUUGAUCUCGAGAUGGAUCCACUCUUCAGGAACUCCACCUGCCUUGGCAUUUCCUACGCUGCCAAGACCUUUCAUGACUACCAGCAGUAUAUGGCGAGGUGGUACGAGCGCGCUCGCAACACCAGUUAUACAGAUGUGUCUGUCGACAAGAACGCUCGGAUAUCUGGUUACAGUUUGCUCAACUCAACAACCAUCGUCAACGGCAGUUGGCUAGAAGUGACUGCAAAGGAGGUUGACGGCAGGAUUGUCAACAACGUCAGUUUGGCCAUGCCGCACGUGGGAGUGCAGCAAGCUGCGGCCGACAAACGCAACAAGAUCCUGCAGCCGCAGGAGCUUAACGGGCUUGGCGCCUACACCCUUGUUGGUUCGACCGCAUCUCCAGUUAUCCACGUCCUUUGCGCCAACUUGGACCGCGAGGAGCUGGCCCCUCUUGUCUAUGAAGCCUGGAAUCACACUCAGCCGCUUGACCCGUUGGUGUGGCCAGCACAAAUCAAUCAGUUCGGCAAAGAUGACUGGCUCAAUUCAACGGUGGUUGAUGACCUGUUUGGUUGGGGGAAGCGCUAUGAUGAGCACGCUCCGAUAUUCGCAAAAUACCCAAUGCCUUACAACACCCUCAUGGGUGAUCCCCUCGACUUUGAUCGAAACUCAAUAUAUAUCUUGAGUCGCGAUAACGACGAGACGCAGGAACGCUAUUCACUCUGUCAGCUCAAAACUAGCCUGACCCCUAACUGUUCGACUACCUACUCAGCCGCUUUGGAAGGAUCAUCGUUAAGCGCGACAUGCGACCCGGAGAAGGACGAAAUGGCGUACAUCCACAGCAAUCCGGGUGCCGCUUUUGGCCAUGCGACUGAAUCCAGUAAAUGGCCUUGGGUCGGCAGCGCGUGGGCUAGCAGUAUAUCCCUGAACGCAGGUAUCUCAGAUGGCAAGGCGUCGGAUGCAAGACUGUUGACGCAGCUGAUGCUGAGAGAGGCCAAGCUGAACCCGAAGCUGCCGAGCAUAGCAGAAGCGCUCGCAGUCAUGGCGAGCAGCACCCUGCUCACGUCAAUCGAGGACAGUACCUUUUCGACGACUUGGAAUCACACUUCGGCUAGCUUGGACGUCCCGGAAACACAAUAUUUCAACGCAACAUUGCGGGCCCGCGAAUAUGCAUCCGGCCCCGUCGGCGAUGCGCAAAAGGCACUGCACUUGAUCCUGCUUCUUGUCUUCCUCAUUAACUUAAUUAGCCUAUCCUACUUCCUCAUGCACCGCGGCGCGCUAGUCACCGACGUCUCGGAGCCCCCUAACCUGUUCAGUCUGGCGGUCAACUCGCCGCCGGCAGCGAACCUGGUCGGCGCCGUUGGUGUUGGCGGCCCCGAAAGGCGGCAAUACAAGGUGCAGUGGAUUGUUGACAAGGUGGAAGACACGCUGCGCAUGCGCCCAAUGCACGCAGACGAGAUCGAGGCGCGCCGCAGGCGUGGCAUGUACAAUUUGCGGCAGCAGCUCAACACUGUGAGCCUGGCGCGCGGGAACACGGUCGACAGUAGGGAGUCUGGCAUCGAGCUGGUAAGCCCGGUCGCAAGCGUCUUCAGCCGGCUUAGCAAGAAGAAAAGCUUUGCGUAACGGAUAUGCGCUGCUUCCCCUAAAGCCGUGCGAUUAUAAUGCGUUUGGACUUGUGUGGAAAUACAAGUAUUUGAGAGGGAAAGUUCAUAGACAUGGCGUUUGAUACCCGGAAUACCAACAGUCACCAUAGGAAUGACCUGACUCCCAUAAUACAGGAUAGAGUAAUACAUUGAAUGUAAGGCGUUAGCGGGGCGUACAACGGUGUUGAGGUUAAAUAUUGCUAUAGAUUAUGACUUCGAGGGGUAC